AUGGCUUCCCUCUACGAGCUAACCAUCCCCGUCCUAACUCGGGUCCUCCGAACCGAGGAGUCUCUCCUCAAGAAAGCCGAGGAGCACGCCAAAACCACCGGCACGCCCGUCGAAGAGCUCGUCGCUGCCCGUCUGGCCCCGGACAUGUUCUCGCUGUCGAAGCAGGUCGGGGUCACGGUGCUCUUCGCGAGGAUCGUAUCCCACCUGCUGGCAGGCAAGGAAUUGCCCCCCACGCAGAUUGGCGAGUGGUCGCUCGAGGAGAACUACAGUUUCAUCGCCGGCGCCCUCGAGUUGCUCGCCGAGAUCAAGCCUGAGGAUCUCAACGGGAGAGAAUCCGAAAUCAUCUCGUUUAACUACGUGAACGGAAAAUAUUCUUCUUAUUUUAAUACGACUUUGAAACUAAGGGCUAGCAAUGCUAACAACUUCGCAGAUGUGACUAGAUUUCUAGUGCCGUCGGUCUAUUUCCACUUGACCACCCUCUACGACAUUCUCAGGCACAAGGGCGUGCCGUUGGGCAAGGCUAACUACUUGGAGCACCUGGUUGCAGAUUGGGAGUUCUCGUGA